AUGAGAGACCACUGUGUUGCACUGCUCUUCAGAACCUUCAUCCAGUUGUCGAAUGAAGUGGAAGAACGACAAGACAAACUUCCAGUCAAAGCCCAAUAUGAGGACCAACAAGCAAAUUAUGAUGACUAUAAUUAUGUCCAGCAGGGACAAGACUAUUUUUCUGUACCAGUAACUAAACCACAAGAAGUGACAAUCAUCCAACCACUGAGAACGACGCUGCCUGUAAAGCCUGGCAACCCUGCUCACAAUGGACGUGUGUGCAGCACCUGGGGAAACUUCCACUUCAAGACCUUUGAUGGGGACAUCUUUCACUUCCCCGGGCUCUGCAACUAUGUCUUUGCAUCCCACUGCAAAUCUGCCUAUGAGGACUUCAACAUCCAGAUCAGGCGCACUAUGCUGGAAAGCUCUCCUGUGAUCAGCCAUAUCACCCUGAAGCUUGACGGAAUGGUGAUUGAACUGACCUCAGACUCCAUUGUGGUCAAUGGCAACCCAAUUCAGCUGCCUUUCAGCCAGUCAGGAAUCCUGAUAGAGAGAAGUAGCGGCUAUUUGAAAAUCACUGCCAAGAUGGGCCUGGUCUUCAUGUGGAACCAACUGGAUGGCCUUCUGGUGGAACUGGAUAAGAAAUAUGCCAAUCAGACCUGUGGGCUUUGUGGGGACUUCAAUGGCAUUCCAAUUUACAAUGAGUUCACGUCAAACAACAUCAAGCUGACUGACGUGCAGUUUGGGAAUAUGCAGAAGAUGGAUGGACCCACAGAGCAAUGCGAGGAUCCUACAUCUUCUUCUCUUUCAAACUGCUCAAAUGAAUUUAGUGCUAUCUGCCAGAGAGUAUUGACUGGUGAAGCAUUUGUGAGCUGCAAUGCACUGGUGGAUGUUCAAGACUACAUUGACUCUUGCGUACAAGACUUGUGCCGCUGUGAUGAGUCUAUGCGUGAUUUCUGCAUCUGUAACACCUUUGCUGAAUACUCCCGGCAGUGCGCCCAUGCCGGUGGACAACCUCUGAACUGGAGAACUAAAGAACUGUGCAACAAAACGUGCCCUUAUAACAUGCAGCACGAGGAAUGUGGCUCCCCCUGUGCUAACACCUGCACCAACCCUGAAAGGUCAGCCCUCUGUGAAGAUCACUGUACCGAUGGCUGCGUCUGUCCCGCAGGAACUGUGUCUGAUGACAUUAACAGCUCUGGCUGUAUCCCUCUCAGUGAGUGCCACUGUACCUACAAAGGUGAAACAUAUAGUCCAGGUGCUUCUUUUGCAUCCCAGUGCACUUCAUGUACCUGUACUGGAGGCCAGUGGAAUUGUGUCAGCCUUUCCUGCCCUGGGACUUGCUCCAUUGAAGGAGGUUCCCACAUCUCCACAUUUGAUGAGAAACGUUAUUCCUUCUUUGGAGAUUGUAGCUAUAUCCUGACGAAGCUCUGUGACAGCGAUUCCUUCACUGUUCUAGGAGAAAUCCGCAAAUGUGGCCUAACUGACACCGAGACAUGCCUGAAAGGUGUAGCCAUCAGCAUAGGUGGAGGACAAACUAUUGUUGUGAUCAAACCUUCUGGCAGCGUGUUUGUGAAUACGAUCUACACCCAGUUGCCCAUCUCUGCAGCCAAUGUCACUAUGUUCAGGCCUUCAUCAUUCUUCAUCAUCGUACAAACAAACUUUGGGCUUCAGGUUCAGAUCCAGCUUGUACCCAUCAUGCAACUCUUUGUAAACUUGGACCCAUCCCACAAAGGGCAGACAUGUGGUCUUUGUGGAAACUUCAACGAUAUCCAAACAGAUGACUUCAAAGCCACAAGUGGUGUAGUGGAAGGAACAGCAGCCGCUUUUGCCAAUACCUGGAAAAUCCAGGGUGAUUGCCCUAAUGUCAAAAACAUCUUUGAGAACCCCUGUACCCUCAGCAUAGAAAAUGAAAAAUAUGCUCAGCACUGGUGUGGAUUGCUGACUGAGACUCAAGGACCUUUUGCUGAAUGCCACUCAACAGUGAAUCCAGAUGUUUACCACACGAACUGUCUGUUUGACACCUGUAACUGUGAAAAGAGUGAGGACUGUAUGUGUGCUGCCCUCUCUACCUAUGUCAGAGCCUGUGCUGCCAAAGGAGUCCUGUUGAAUGGAUGGAGGACCAAUGUCUGCACCAUAACCUCGUGCCCCAAAUCCCUGACGUACAGCUAUGUUGUCAAUUCCUGCCAACCCACUUGUCGAUCUUUGAGUGAGCCCGAUGUCACAUGCAACAUCAAGUUCACUCCAGUUGAUGGCUGCACCUGUGCAAAUGGAACUUACAUGGAUGAAAAUGGCAAAUGCGUGCCCGCUACUAGCUGUCCUUGUUAUUACAAAGGAUCUGUGCUACCUUCUGGAGAGGUUGUUCACGACAAUGGUGUCAUAUGCUCUUGCACACAUGGAAAGUUGGACUGCGUGAGAGUGAAACCAGAACCAGUCUGUGCAGCUCCCAUGGUCUACUUUGACUGCAGCAAUGUCACUGCAGGCACAAUUGGAUCCGAGUGCCAGAAGAGCUGUCAGACUCUUGAUAUGGGAUGUUACAGCACACAGUGCGUCUCUGGCUGCGUGUGCCCUAAUGGUCUAGUGUCAGAUGGCAAAGGUGGCUGUGUAGCUGCGGGGGAAUGUCCAUGUGUUCACAAUGAUGCCUCCUACAAUUCAGGAGAAACAAUCAAAGUCAACUGUAACACCUGCACUUGUAAAAACAGAAUGUGGCAAUGCACCAAUGAACCUUGCCUGGCAACCUGCUCUGCUUAUGGAGAUGGUCAUUACAUUACUUUUGAUGGCAAACGCUUCAGCUUUAGUGGAGACUGUGAAUACACACUGGUCCAGGAUUACUGUGGUAAAAACAGUACCAGCCUUGGAACCUUCCGAGUGAUCACUGAGAACAUCCCCUGUGGAACCACUGGGACCACCUGCUCAAAGGCCAUUAAAGUCUUCCUAGGGAACUAUGAACUGGUACUCAGUGACGGAAAGUUUGAAGUGAUAGAGAAGGUCCGUGGAGGGGAAGUGCCAUACAAGGUCCGUUACAUGGGCAUCUACAUGGUGAUUGACACCAACAAUGGGCUGAUUCUUAUGUGGGAUAAGAAAACCAGCAUAUUCAUCAAGCUCAGCCCAGAUUUUAAGGGUCAGGUCUGUGGCCUGUGUGGGAACUACGAUGGCAAUGGCAUUAAUGACUUUACCACCAGAAGUCAGUCUGUGGUAGGAGAUGUGCUGGAGUUUGGAAACAGCUGGAAGGUGUCUCCUACUUGCCCAGAUGCCAAGAGCAACAAGGAUCCUUGCACUGCAAACCCUUACAGGAACUCUUGGGCCCAGAAGCAGUGCAGCAUAAUCAACAGCAAAGUAUUCGCUGCCUGUCACUCUCAGGUUGAACCAAAUGAAUAUUAUGAAGCAUGCGUGACUGAUGCUUGUGCCUGUGACACUGGGGGAGAUUGUGAAUGUUUCUGUACAGCGGUAGCUUCAUAUGCUCAAGCAUGUAAUGAGGCUGGCAUUUGUGUUGCAUGGAGAACCCCAUCUAUCUGUCCUCUGUUCUGUGAUUACUACAACCCGCAAGGGGAAUGCGAGUGGCACUACAAGCCUUGUGGGUCUCCUUGUAUGAAGACCUGCAGGAACAGAAGUGGAAAAUGCCUUCAUGAGUUACAAGGGUUGGAAGGCUGCUAUCCAAAGUGUCCAGAGAACAAGCCCUAUUUUGAUGAAGAUGAUAUGGAGUGUGUCGAUAGCUGUGGCUGUUAUGAUACCAAGGGAAAAUAUUACAAGCCAGGAACACCCAUUCGUUCAGAAGAGAACUGUCAAUCAUGUGAAUGCACAAUGAAUGGCAUUAAGUGUGAAUAUGAUGAAGACGAAUGCCACUGCACAUAUGAUGGAAAGCAAUAUGAGUAUGAGGAUGUCAUCUACGACACUACAGAUGGUAUUGGCGGAUGUAUCAUUGCAACUUGUGGUCACAAUGGAACAAUUGAUAGAAAAGUCUAUGCAUGUUCUACACCCUUAACCACAACACCAUUUUCAUUUUCCUCUUCAACACCUAUAUCCACCACUACAGUGACACCAACUACAUCAAUCUGUGUUCGUGAAGUAUGCCAGUGGUCACAAUGGUAUGACGUGAGCUAUCCAGGGUCUGGGAUCAACGAUGGAGAUUUUGACACAUUUGAUAAUUUAAGAGCCAAAGGUUAUAAAGUUUGCAAAGCUCCAAAGGCUGUUGAAUGCAGAUCUGAGAAGUUCCCUAACACACCAUUAAAUGAACUAGAGCAAAAAGUAGAAUGUAGUACAACAAUGGGACUAAUAUGUUAUAAUAAGGAUCAGCAUCAAAUGAUCUGCGACAACUUCCAGAUAAAAAUCUUAUGCUGUAGCUUUGUACCAUGUGAAUAUACAACUCCUGCUACCACAACGCCUGCGGAGACUACAACACCCAUCACAAAAACGACCACUCCAGAAACUACUGUAACCAGUAUAUCUUCAACAACUACAGCACUACCUACAACCACAGAAUCUAAAACAACUACUCUUUCAACAAGUACCAUGACCUCCAAAACUCCUUCAACAUCUCCAGUCACAGAAACAACGAAAAUCACAUCCAUAACACCUUGUAAACCAAAAUGCAAAUGGUCUGAAUGGCAUGAUGUCCAUUUUCCCAGUCUGGACAAUAAAGGAGAUUCUGAAACAUAUGAUGAUAUUAGAGCAGCAGGAAAAGUGAUCUGCAGCAAACCUGAAAAUAUAGAAUGUCGAGCCGAGAAAUUCCCAGAAAAAUCAAUUGAUAACAUUGACCAAAUUGUCCAGUGCAAUGUAUCCUUUGGACUUGUCUGCAGGAAUGAAGAUCAGGAAGGAGUGCUCCAAAUGUGUUAUAACUAUCAAAUAAAAGUAUUCUGCUGUGAUGAUUUUAGUCAUUGCCCAUCCACAUCCACUACUACAGAAACUACAACAACUGCAGGCACAACUAUUGUUUCAACAGAAACUUCCACCCAGACUCCUACAACUACAGAAACUACAACUUCAACAGUGAGAACUACACCUUCACCCACCACCACAACAGAAACCACAACCAAAGAAGUUAAAACAACUACUCUUUUAACAACCACCCCUAUAGAAACUACAACAAUCAUAACUACACCUUUCACUACCACAACCACAGAAACUACAACUACUCCAGGCACACCCAUUGUUUCAACAGAAACUUCCACACUGACUCCUACAACUACAGAAACUACAUCAAUAGGAACUACACAUUCAUCCAUCACCAGCAUAGAAACUACAACAGUCACAACUACACCUUUCACUGCCACAACCACACAAACUACAACAACCACAGAAAACGUAAAUUGUCCUGUUACAACCUCAAUUUUGCCAACAACGCCCACACGAGUAACCACUCCAACUAUCUCAAGUACACAAACAGGAACAACAGAAGUAACCAUGACAACUACUCACUGCUUUUGCCAAAUUGAGGACGCUGUUUAUGCAUCUGGUGAAAUGAUUUACAACGAAAUAGACAAGGAUGGAUGUAAUUUUUAUGCCAUUUGUAGUAAAACAUGUUCAGUGGAGCGAUUUAAGGGACCAUGUAAAUCAACAACUCCAGCAACAGCAACAACAACUACACCUACAACUUCAACAUCUAUACCAACUACGACUCCCACUACAACAGUUAGUUCAACCACUAAAAUUGAGUGUCCUGAUGCUAAACCUCCCAGAAAGAUGGGUGAAACAUGGAAGAUAUCCAACUGUACCACUGCAACUUGCGAGGGAAAUAACAAAGUUGUUAUACAGAAAGUGAAAUGCCCACCUGUAAAGAAAAUUACCUGCGCCAACGGAUACCCACCAGUAGAGGUCUUCAGUGAGGAUGGCUGCUGUUACCACUAUGAAUGUGAAUGUGUCUGUAGUGGCUGGGGUGACCCUCACUACAUUACAUUCGAUGGAACCUAUUACACAUUCCUUGACAACUGCACAUAUACUCUGGUGAAGCAGAUUACCCCUAAAUAUGACAACUUCCGUGUUGACAUUGACAAUUACUUCUGUGAUGCGGAAGAUGGACUUUCCUGUCCUCAGUCCAUUAUUGUUUACUACAAGUACACAGUGGUAGUGCUGACGCGUGAACUCUAUAAUGGAGUGAUGGCUAAUAAGAUUAUCUUAAAUAAAACGGUUGUCAACCCAGGCUUCCAGAAAGAUGGCAUUUCUAUUUACAUGCUUGGCAUCAACAUGGUUGUUGAAAUACCUGAGAUUGGAGCUACCAUCACCUUCAGCGGGUUGAUCUUCUCAGUGAAACUCCCAUUCAGCAAAUUUGGCAAUAACACUGAAGGACAGUGUGGUACAUGCACAAACACCAAAAUCGAUGACUGCCGCUUGCCAAGUGGUAAGAUCAGCCCUUCUUGUACCCAAAUGGCUCCCCACUGGAAGGUUGACGAUGUCAAGAAGCGAUACUGUGUAGGAACACCAACACCAGGACCCAGCACCCCCACUCCAGCUCCCAGCUGUCCUCCGUCUGCUCUUUGCAAGAUAAUUUUGAGCGAAGUCUUUGAAGAAUGCCACAAGGUGAUACCACCACAAGAUUUUUACAAGGGCUGUGUCUUUGAUGCAUGUCACAUGACCAAUACAUCCAUGCAGUGUUCCGGCUUGGAGAUAUAUGCCACUCUGUGUGCCACUAGAGGUGUUUGUAUUGACUGGAGAGGAGAGACCAAGGGCAAAUGCCCAUAUAACUGUCCAGUGGGCAAAGUGUAUAAACCAUGUGGGCCUCUUAAUCCUGCUACCUGUGAUUCAAGAGCUGUUCAACACAAUGGCACUGGCCUAACUGAAGGAUGUUUCUGCCCUGAAGGAAAGUUUCUCGUCAAUGCAAACAGCGAUGUCUGUGUCUCUGGAUGUGGUAUCUGUAUAGGACCAGAUGGACAGCCCAAAUUACCUGGAGACCAGUGGAAAAGCAAUUGCCAGGACUGUGUUUGUGACAAGUACACUGUUACAGUGCGGUGUACAAAGCGCCCGUGUAAACCACUCCCGCCAGUUUCUUGUGAUGACCCAGGGUUUGUUCCUGUCCAGUCGCUGACACGAGAAGACCCAUGCUGUGUCCAGACUGAAUGCCGAUGUGACACUAGCAAGUGCCCCGAAUCAGUAGCCAGUUGUCAACCAGGAUACGAGUUAAUCCCAGAAGUAUUAAAUGGAAAUUGUUGUACUAUCUUCACAUGUAAGCUAAUACCAGGCUGUGUAACCAAUGGAACUUUCUACAUGGGCUAUGAAUAUAAGAUUAAAACUGGACAAUGCUGUGGCAAGUGUGUACAGUACGCUUGUGUACUGAAGAUGAAGGAUAACACAGUCCAGGUGGUUCCGGCUGGAAAAGUCUGGCAUGAGCCUGGUGAUAACUGUACCUUCUAUAAAUGUGAACAAAUUGAGGAUCAGUUUAUUCCUGUCACUGUAAGGAAAGUCUGUCCACCCACGUACCCAGUAGACUGCAAUCCUGCUGAUAUCAUACUAAGUGAAGAUGGCUGCUGCAAAUCAUGCCCAUUACCCCGUAAAAUUUGUGGACUGCAUAGUACUCCCACUGUCAUCAGACACAAUGAAUGCAUCUCUUCUGUGCCUGUCGAACUAACAUACUGCGAAGGCAACUGUGAUACUUCUUCAAUGUAUUCCCUUGAGGCGAAUGUGAUGCAACACAAGUGCAAGUGUUGUCAGGAGGUCAAGACCAGCAAAAGACAGGUGACCCUGAGCUGCCCUGAUGGAAGCACCACUGAUUACUCAUACACCCACGUGGAGCAGUGCGAUUGUGCGGGCACGGAGUGCAUCCCCCAAACCCCUCCCACCACUCCAGCACAGCAGCAGGAGCAAGAACAGCAGCAACAGGAACAGAUCCAGCAGCAACAAGGGCAGUCCUAG